AUGACUCUCGAUAACACGCAGCCUGCCGGGGAGAACCCUAUCAGGGGCUUCACUGUUGACUACCUCGGCGAGCAGCUGGCGAAUAACUCGUGCAGCCAUCGAGAUCUGGGCUUCGCUGGCUCCAUCGCCGGACAGUGGUUCGCAGUGUAUGGCGACACGCUGUGGGCUGCUCCGGGUGUGAGCCAUCCAGCGGACGACGUGGAUGGAUUCCAUGGCAUGGUGAGGAACUCGGUAUCGAGGCUUGGACCAGACCCCCUGGUGGUUCACGACCUCAACCUGAACGAAAGGCAGCGGCAGAACCAGUUUGCACAGUGGAAAGAAGAAUGGGGAGAGACCAAUACCACGGGAUUCGGCGGCACGUCUAUCGUCGAGACGGAUCCCCAGGCAGGAGAGGGGGCUGUCUUCUUCCUCGUCAACAACAACGAGGACUACACCCACGCAGGAAUCGCCAAAGUCAGACUCGAAAACGGGACCCCUGUCGCUGAGCGCCUCGGCAAAGGCUGGUGGGACACUUCAGAGAACGCAAAGUACGGCGACAUCGCAGCGUACAGAGACGUCAACAGCGACUACAUCUACGCCCUUGGCCACCCGCCGAAGCAGUUUGACGGCAAGUUCAUCGAGAGCCAGUACGUCUAUCAGGCGCGCGUGAAGGCGAACCAGGCCUUCGAUUUGAACGAGUACGAAUACUGGUGGGGUCGACAGCAAGGAUGGAAACGAGAUAGGCUCACGUCGUUUACGCCCGAAACGGCGGUGAUGUGGGGUGUUGGACAGGGUCAAAUCGUUUACAGCAACUACUUCAAGACAUAUCUGUAUGUCCAUGUCACUGGUGCCACGGUGGCCAUAAAGACAGCACCCAAGCCUGAGGGUCCAUGGUCCGAGGGCAGGGAGCUCUUUACGGCAACCCCCAUUGACGGAGGGCUCGUUUAUGCCGGCGUGGCGUAUCCGUACCUUGAUGAAAGUGGGAAGACGUUGACCAUCGCAUACACCAACAACAAUCACAUCCAGGUGAUCAAGGCCACAUUUGAAUAG